UUUCAAAAGACAACAAAAGCAUCAGUCUGAUAACAGUGUUGUUGUCAGUCUGUAGAAGUUUACUCACGUAGUCAGUUUGGACGGGAUCUGACUCAAAAACGUCUUUAUUUUAAGUUCAAAUUGAUUUAAACAAAAAAUAAAAGAAAAUUAAAUCAAAAAUAAAAUAAAUAAAAAAUAAAAGUAUUUUUUCCAUGAUAGGUAAAAAGAAUAGACCCAUGUUCAUUGACUUUAUUGGAACCCAAAAUCAUAAAAAAAUGUCCGAUAAGAUCAGUUUUUCCAACUUUGACAAUAGCGAGAGUCUAUAUUCGAUACUGAAGGACUGCGUAAAUCGAAGAUCGAUCGACAGUUUAACCGAUGAUUCGGACUGUAGUGCCUCCGUUCAGGAAUAUUCCACAUUCGAUUGCUACAAAAUGGUCUCGAUGACCGAUCACUUUGGUGAUAAUAUUCUCGAAGAAAACGGACGAAUAUCACUGGCAUAUGAAAAUCUACGAUCAAUUCCGAAAAGGAUCGCCGAAAAAUUUGCAUCGAAAACAAAGUUUCUCGAUUUGGGUUACAAUGAUUUUACGAAUUUGUCGUUUUUGAUGUUUUUUGAUAGAUUGCAUACGCUUAUAUUGGAUCGAAAUAUGCACCUGGAUGUUAAUACAUUGCCAUUUUUACCCAAUUUACGGAUCCUUUGGAUCAACAAUUGUAAUAUUUCAAAUAUAGACGCAUGGCUUUACAGGAUUGAAGAUCAGUGCCCGCAUAUUCAACAAUUGUCGAUAAUGGGAAAUCCAGGAACAAUGACCUUAAUGAAUGCACAAGCAAAUAAUGACUAUAGAGAUUAUAUUUUUAAUAAAUUGCCAAGUCUUAAGUAUUUGGAUGGAAUUGCUAAUGAGCCAUUAAGUAGGAGUCUUUUGAGAAUUCCAUCAAAAUCUUCAACGGCAACAACAGAUUCUACGAGAACGAAUUUAAGUUGUAAUGGCAUAAGUCGCAGUGGGAUUAGUCGUAGUGGUCUUAGUCGCAGUGGCACUUCGUCGUUAUCACUGUUUAAGUUAAGCGAGUUAUUUAGGUUUAAACGAAGAAGGAGAUGUUUUCAAAAUUAAAACAUGACUUUUUAACAAAAAUAAAUAAUUAUUAUGAUAAGAAUGUUUAAAAAUUUU